AUGUGGUCGACCGCCAGGCCGGUCCAGGAGUCCGCUCCUGAGCCGCCAAACCCGACUGAAGACGUGGCAGAUACGGGUGAAGCUGCUGGCGGGGUGAGAGGAUCCGAACAGCUCAUCAAGCCUCCCGUUCCAAUGCCGCCCUCAAGACCGGGCCUUCAACGGCAUUCACUCCCAGCUGGCCUCGCGGGAGCACCAGGCCCGGCGCAAGGCAUGCAACCUCAGCCGCAGCGGCAGCAGCAGCAUCAGCAGCAGAAUAACAGCGGCAACCCCGGCCCUACCGACUCCCUAUCGCUGCUUCAGCUGCGCCGCAUGGUCGCCGAAGUGAACCGAGCCGAGCCCGUCGUCUACAAUUUUGCCUACUCGGACAUGGGACCCCAUGCCGAGGAAAUCGACGAGUGGUUUGUCUAUCAGUUCUGGCAGUGGGUUCGGCUCAACGCCGCUCAAAGGGCCUUCGAAUGGCACUGGAGCCAGGAGUCGGAUGGGCAGCACUCGUGGGACGACGCCGACCGCGACAUGAGAGCCAGGUUCAUACAGGCUGCCAUUGCAGGCGUGCAAUCCAACGAUGCGGCUCUGCGGUCCGCAUCGAUCGGAAAGCUUGUGUACCUGGUCUUGGGCCGUUGGGGAGACACAGCCAUGCCCAACGCUGCAGACCGCGAUGGUCGCUCCAUCGCGAGCUUGUCCCAGCUGCAAGCUGUCAAGGCCGGUGUGGAGUGCUUGGCCUCUUUGGAAGGCAUUCCCGUCAUAUGGGAUGCGCUGAGGAGCUGCUUCGAACUGCAUUGGUCAGGAGAUGCCCAACAACAGGCGAGCCCGCAAGAAGCACAAGACGAGCUCAUGAACCUCAUGACCAUCAUGUACAUUGCCAUUCAAGAGACGCUAAAUAGUCCGUCGGACAUGUCUCUGUCGCACAAGGCUUUGUUCGACUUGGAUCCUUCCUUGGUCGACUUUAUGCUCACUGCUACUUCGAAACUGCGUUGGGACGAGUCAAAUUCCAUGCCGCUUACACAGAUUUUCCUGCUGUUCUGGAAAUCUAUCCUCCUAGUCUUUGGCGGGACAAAGGACCUGGCAGAUCUCAAGGCCGCCAUGAGCGAAACCAAGGGUCUUCAGAAGGACACAAUUACCGCCUCUCCCCUCGACUAUCACGUCUUUCGGCAAGAGAUUACAUCGAAAUAUCCUGCAUACGUUCCCCCGCAACCCCUGAUACCUUUGGAGGAUGAGAACACGUCGUCUCUUCUCCCCCCCAUACCGAGUCAAUUCGUACGGAAUAACGGCGCCGGCGGAAUCAUAUCUACCCCUGGGCAAUCCCAAAACGGCGGCGCUUCUAUCCUGAACCAACCCGUCCACAUUGCCACGCCGGCGCCGUCACCGCCGCCAUCCCCCGGCGUUGGUGGAAAGUCGGGAAAGAAGCAAAACUACCAAACCAACCAAAAUUUCCCCUUCAUGUACCCUCCCCUAGAUGCCACUAGCAACAGCGCUGGAGGAAAGGGAAUGGCGGGAAUCGACGAUUCAAUCGUCAGCCGCAGGUGGGAAGGAAGCGACAUUCCCGCCUCGAUUCUCGAAGCUGGCGAGCUCUUCUCAACCAGGGUCCGGAUGACACGAGCCACGCGGCAAAUGUGGGAGGAGCGAGAGCAAUUCCUGAGAUUCGAGCGAGGCUGGGCCGAUGACGACGGCUCUGAUGAUGGCAUUGACAAUCUCGAUCUCAGCGAGCUAACCCUGGAGGAGAGGGAAGUUCUCAAAGAGCUCAGAGCCGAAGACAAGCCAAAGAAGGCAACGGCGCAUAGCCAUGCUGAGUUCCAGGUCGACUUUGGGCCACACCCUGAAAGGUUGUCCGACAGAGACAAGCAAAGACUGCAGGCAGUUGAGAGAUUCUACAAACAAGCACUCCCACACUUGCAGUCGCUGGUCAUUGUCCUGCUCCGGCCAAUACUAGUCAACGUGACUGCUAUUGUGGCCCAGCAGGCCGGCCAGAUGCCCAACGGCGCGGCAACGAGAGGCAACAACCCAGGAAUGAGCGGCGGCGGCGGCGGCCAUGCUGGACCAAGACCUUCCGAUGCGAACGCCCAGAUGGCGGCGCAGGACGAGGCGGAUCCGUCGCCCGAGGAGGUUGACGCAGCGCGAACACGUGAGAUCACGUCCAAGGCCACCACUGCAAUACUGCUUUUACUGCUCAAGUGGCUGCGUUUAUCCCACCUGCUCAAAUUCGAGUACCUUACACAGCUGCUCCUCGACUCCAACUACGUCCCCCUGGUUCUGAAGCUCUUUGCGCAUCAGGAUGUGCAGCAGGUAGUCGACAGCAAGAUGGACCGAGUCGAAAACAGCUUCUUUCAAUUCUGCAACUUGCGUUCCAAGUUCAAGGACCGGACCGGCAAUGACGCGCCCCCCGAGGAGGAGGAGGAUGACGAGGCGGACAAGGCUGCUGCAGACCAGAAACCCCAGGACCUGUCCGGCCAAGAAGCCAUAGUCGACAGCGAAGACGACGCCGCCCCCCCGCCCAUCAGGAAGCACCGCUCGCCGGCCGCCGCCCAUGGCAAGCCAGAGGCUCCGGACGGACCAGAAGCAGGCGCCGACGACGACGACCAAGCCGCCUCGCGGCCGGAAGUCGACGAGCUCGGCUACCCCGUCAACCCGCUCCCGGAGGAGCCCAUCACCGACUUCUCCUGGCGCAACUUCUUCUCCCUCAUCAACUACCUCCGCGUCCUCCACAAGACCUGCAAGAACAAGGCGCACAGGAACCUCCUCCUCGUGCAGUACAAGUCGUCCACCAUCCUGCGCAAGUCGCUGCGCGUGCCGCAGCCCGAGCUGCGCCUCUACACGCUCAAGCUGUUCAAGAACCAGGUCCCCUACUGCGGGCGCAAGUGGCGCCAGUCAAACAUGCGCGUCAUCACGGCGGUGUACCUGCACUGCAGGCCGGAGCUGCGGGACGAGUGGCUGGCGGGCAGCGACGUGGACGCCGAGGUUGACGCGGCGCUGCCCCUGGAGCAGGCGCUGCGGAGUCUGACGCACUGGUUCAACGUGCGGCGGUACCCUGAGCAGAUUGCGCCGGACAUCAGGGUGGCCUUGAGAGAGGAGCACGACUUCUUCAGCAGGGAGUUGGAGAAGCUGGAUGGAGGGGGGUGGGCAGACGACAGGGGAGACGAGAUGAGCGACUGGGACCAUGGGGAGGGGUGGGCCUGA